AUGUUGCCGCGCGCUCGCAGCCGCCCCCGGCGGGGAUCGCCGCUACCUGUCAGUGGGACAAGCAGAGUUAGGCUGGCAUUGGUGCCCAUCCAGGCAUCACAUGCCCACAAACCUGAGGUGAAGUCUAAUCAGCGCUUCCACCGUCCCACCUCCAGGCCGACCCCAGCCCCCCGGUGCGGCCCGGAAAGCCCAGGGUCCGCGCGGCGGCGUCCGCCGAGCCCGCGGCACCGCCCGAGCCCGCGGCGUGUCCCCUCGCUCACCCUCGCCUGCUGUGCCCCCCGCGGCGGCGGAGGGGAGUCCGGCCCGAGCUCUCUCACGCCGCCGGCCGCUCUGGCAAACGCGGCUCCCCGGGCGGCGGCGGCGGCGGGCCCCUCAUGCUGCGCGGAGCGCGGCGCCUCCGCUGCGUCAGGCCGCCGGCCGGACCCCUCUGUCCCGCCCGCGCCCGGCGGCCCCGCGGGAGGGAGGCGGGCGGCGAGUGUGCGGAGCCCGCGGCGCUUCGGCCGCCCCCGUCAGCGCGACCCGUCCAGAGAGGGCUCCUGCCGGCCGCUCCCGCCCGCUCCCGAGGCCGACCCCGCGCGCGGGGAUGCCCGGGGCCCGGGAGACGCCCGGCACCGGAGGCGGGCAGGGCGCGGGCCCCUCCGCCGGCGGCCCGUGCGCGGCACUGCCGCAGAGCCCGCUCCCGCGACGCCGCCGGCUCGGGACGCCGGCCCGGGGCAGCCUCCCGAGGGAGCUAGAGAUGCCGCCGCGGCCGCGGCCACCGCCACUGCCGAGCCCCACGGGGCCGCCGCCUCAUGUCGGAAGAGCCGCCGCCUCCGACCCCCUCCCCGCCCCCUCCCGCUGUCACUGACAGACUCCCGCCCGCGCCGCCCCUCGCCCGCCGCAGCGCGCACGCGCGGCCCGCGCUCGCCGCCGCCAGCUUCGAAGACGCGCACGGUGCGCGCGCCGGUGGACGGGGCGGCGGGGCCCGGGGGCGGGGGCGGGGGCGGUGCGGACUGCGGCUCCGCCCUCCGCCUGGGGCAGCGCCGGGCCCGCGGCGAACACAGCGGUGCCGCUGGGGCUGGCCCGCCCGCCCCGGGAGCUGGCUAGGGCACCACCUCUCCCCGCGGUUCGGUCCCCACAUCCGCUCGGGGAAACCUAGGAGGCCUGCUAGUUAAGGAACAGCUGGAGUGCGACGCUGAGGAAAUGUAAAUGUUUGCCCUCCCUCUCGGCACACCUUUUUUAUAAAUAGAAGUUUGCAACUACUGUAUUUGCCAACCCUAAAGGGAGGCGCCCCUUUCCCUAUAAGCAAUGAGCACAUGCCCAGCACUAGCCCCUUCCUGAGCAGGCUCCCCGUAGACCCAGCCUCUGGUGGACAGAUGGGCAGGUCUCCAGGGGCCGUGGUUGCCCAUAGAAAAUGGGUGCCACUGAAAAACAGGUUCUCUGCCCCCAGAGAUUCCCUUCGCAUCCUUGGGUCAUCUCUCCCUCCUCAUAAACAACUGUUUUUCCUUUUCCACAAAUGAAACUUUCGAAGCAAUCUGCUACCAGUUGACAGUCCUACAAGUGGCCUCCAUUAGUAUUGUCUGCACCAUGUAAAUGCAGUCCUAUACUCCCCAGUGUGCCAAUCCUGGUUCUUCUCCCCACUCCUCACAGUGCUUCCUGCCAGUCACAGGAGUCUCCUCCCUCUUCCCCUCAUCCCCCAGACGUAGCCCACCCCAGGCUUCACUGUUGAAUUAGAAAAUAAAGUAAAAUGUGGUCUGUCCACGGAAUAUUCUUCAUACAUAAGAAUGAAUAAAAAUGAAUAAAGUACUGAUUCAUGCUGCAACCUGGAUGAACCUUGAAAACAUGAUGCUUAGUGAAAACAGCCAGUGAGGAAAUUCCAUUUAUAUGCAAUGUCCAAAACAGGCAAAUUCAUAGAGACAGAAAGCAGAUUAGUGAUUGCCAGGGUCUGAGGGAUGGGUAUGGGGAGCGACUGCUAAUGGGUAAGGGAUUUUUGGGCGUGGAAAUGGUCUGGACGAGGUAAAUAUACAACACUAUAAAUGUACUAAAUAUCACUUUAAAAUG